ACCGACAGUCGUAAAAAACUAAUAAUCUCGUAAUAGAUUGAUUUUUCUCGCGGACACCUAUUGUUUAUUGUGUCUUCAUUUUGAAGUUAUUACAGCAGCCUCUUAUCACACAGCACCGCCCGGCGCUCGCAGGAAUUCGGCUGAUAUGCGUGGGACCACUGACCACUUACUGUCAUGCGGAAUAUACUUAAAAUACGACGAAAAGACAGAGGAGAAGGUGUGAGGAUGAAUUUCCAAGAUGUACCACUCUCACAUGGAAUGAAAGCAGGACAGGAUGAUUCCAUCUGCAGACAAGGAAAUGACCCUCUUUAAAUCAACGAUCAACACUCAGCAACAACUUAAAGAACGCGGUUGUGCAAUUGCCAAUAGUCAGAUAGCCCCAAAUCACAUUUAUUGCCACAAGCCCCUCGGAAACAAUACCUUCUGAACCGUAAUCCUGUGAAAGUUACAAAAAAGCGGCCCCCGAAGUGCGGCAUCGUAAUUCCCUCGUAACCGAAAAGUGUUACGUUAAUUGCGAGGAUUGUGCAGAAAACCACCGGGCGGCAUGCGUUCUGUCGGCCGGUCAUUCGCCAGUUCGCAUCCCAUUGUUCUCGGCUAAUCAAUUAAUCGUCUCCCGAAUUUGCCCGUUCGUCGACCGAAGUGAUACGGUGCAUAGUCGGGCGUUGCAGUGAAGUUUGAUCCGAUCCGAAUUUCAGCCCGCCAAGUUUGUUCCUCUGUGCCGGCAUUUUUCUCCGUGACUUUAUGAUCGUUCCGCUGAAGUUGGACUCGCUGUUCGCGUCGCUGAUGGCCAUGCUGCAGCCAAGUUGCCGAAGUCGCAACUCCAUGAAUGCUUGGUUCGAGAGCAUCAUUCGAAGAUAUCGACAAACACGAUAUUGCUCGAGGCGGGUUGUUUUCAAACAUGGUGAUUGUAAUGUUGUACAAGGAAAUGUCGCUAAAAGAAGAAGAAAAUAUUUGCAGGACAUAUUCACGACGUUGGUCGACGCACAAUGGCGAUGGACGUUGCUUGUGUUUUCAAUGAACUUCGUAACCAGUUGGUUUGGUUUCGCAGUCAUUUGGUACCUGAUAGCUUAUAGUCAUGGAGAUCUGGAGCCCUCGACGGACACCGGCCCGAUGAAGUGUGUGGUCGGAGUCCAAUCCAUGCUCACCGCUUUCCUCUUCAGUAUAGAAUCUCAACACACCAUAGGUUACGGUACGCGGAGCAUAACGGACGAGUGUCCGGAGGCGAUCAUCGUGCUUUGCGUGCAGAGCAUCAUCGGUGUCAUGAUCCAGGCGUUCAUGGUGGGCAUCGUCUUCGCGAAGCUCUCCCGCCCGAAGAAGCGGACCCAGACGCUCCUGUUCAGCCGAAACGCCGUCAUCAACCAGAGGGACGGCCGCCUCUGUCUCAUGUUCCGCGUCGGGGAUAUGCGCAAGUCCCAUAUCAUCGAAGCCCAUAUUCGGGCCCAGCUCAUCAGUAAAAAGAUAACACGUGAGGGUGAAAUAUUGCCGUUUUACCAGCAAGAAAUGAAAGUCGGCGGUGAUGGCGAGGAGGACCGAAUUUUUUUCAUCUGGCCGACAACAAUCGUGCAUCGAAUCACCGAGGACUCACCACUGUAUCACCUCUCAGCCGCUGACAUGAUCAACGAGAGAUUUGAGAUCAUUGUCAUGCUUGAAGGUGUAAUAGAAUCAACAGGGAUGACGACCCAGGCACGCUCAUCCUAUUUACCGAGCGAAAUUCUAUGGGGCCAUAGAUUCGAGCCCUUAGUUUCCUAUAAGACUGAAACCGGUGAACACGAGGUUGACUACAAUCUCUUCAAUAAUACUUACGAAGUCAACACGCCUCUCUGUAGUUCCAGGGAGCUCGAUCAAAUUCUUCACUCCCAAGCGGUUGCCGAUGUCCAGAAGUGUCCGUCGACGAACGAGAGUGAAUUCACGUGCAGCGAUGGGGACUCCUGUCCGGAGAGCGAGUGCCGCUCCAACACGGACAUGAUCGUCGAACUCAGGCAUCUGGUCCUCGAUCCGAGGGAUGUUCCCGGACCCGAGUCCCAGAUUUGACACCUCCUCAAGACA